AAAGCUUAUAGAUAAAUCAUAUGGGCUAUGGCUAUGGCCUCUACAAAUGAAAAUGAUAACCGUUCUCUUUUAUACUUAGAGAACUUGACACUCCCCACGCAGUUUCAAGUUGUGGUGAUAGCGGCAAAUAUGAGGUGUAAUGGUUGUCAAGAAAGAGUUUCCAGAGUUGUCUCAAAAAUGACCAGGUUGACAGAGUACACAAUAGAUGUUGGUAAGAAUGAAGUAACUUUAAAGGGAGAUUUCAUGGCACAUUCAAACAUACAAUAUAAAACCUUUAGAAGCAGCACCCCGAAGAGUGCCAACGAUCCACCCAAAUCCUCGAUUGCCUGUUUUACUCAAUUUGACAAACAUAAAUGUAACAAAGAGUAAAUCCUGGCAGCUACAAGUUUCAAAUUAUAAGGCUCUAUUUGUUCUUUCUUUCUAGCAUACCACAAGAUUAAACUAACUGCAUAAAAUCCAAAGAGGCUGAAAAACCAGGGGUUUCGCUCCUCUAAAGUAAAUAGUUAAUAAAGUGAGAAUUAGAGUAAUAUUUUAACAUUUAUGAUUUAUUUUGCAUGUACAUAUAAUAUAAAUCACUUGGUUGGUUAUCAAUUACUUUACUCUAAAGUGAACAACUCGCACACGAAGAUGAGAGGAAGCAAUACUCACUACAAUCAAUGACAAAAAAAAUGGUUACAGGGAGGGAGGGAGGGAGAGAGAGAGAGAGAGAGAGAGAGAGAGAGAGAGAGA